GGGCCGGCGGUGACGGCCGGCGCCGCCGCCGCCAUGGGCUGGGGGACGCGCUUGGGCCUCCUGGGCGGCCUGGCCCUGUGGGCGCAGCGGCGGCGGGCAGCGGCGGCCGCCCCGGGGCGGCGGGACCUGGAGCUGAAGCUGGUGCAGGUGGUCUUCCGGCACGGGGCGCGCACCCCGCUGCGGCCCCUCCCGGGGGCAGCGCCGGUGGAAUGGCAUCCCACUCUUCUAGAUGUGCCUGCUCAGACUAAGUUUGAUUACAUGGUGACUGACCUAAAUGGAGGACCUCGGCCUCCCUCACCUUAUGAGGAGCAAUACAAAAAGACCACAUUCAAGGGUGGUGCAAUUGCAGGACAGCUGACAACAGUAGGGAUGCAGCAGAUGUUUGCCCUGGGGCAAAGGCUGAGGAGAAGCUAUGUGGAAGAAGCCAACUUUCUCUCACCAACAUUUAAGCCUGCUGAGGUCUUCAUCCGUUCCACUAAUAUUUUCCGGAAUCUGGAGUCCACACGGUGCCUGCUAGCUGGGCUGUACCAACAACAGAAAGAAGGAUCUGUUGUCAUUGUCACUGAUGAAGCAAGCUCUGAAAUCCUCUACCCCAAUUACCACAACUGCCAGCGCCUGAAAUGCUUGAGCAGGCGUAAGUUGAAGAAUGCUCUGCAACAGCCAGGUAUCUCUGAUGACUUGAAAACAAUUAAGGAGAAGAUGGGUAUUGAUGGUGAUAAGUCUGUGGACUUUUUUCUCCUCCUUGAUAACAUUCUUGCUGAGCAGGUGCACAAUUUGCCAAGCUGCCCUGUGCUGAAGAACUUUCAGCAGACAGUUGAGCGUCGAUCUGUUGACUCGCUGCUUUUCCUUCUGGCAGAUGGUUCAAGAGAAGUUCUUCAGAUGAGCGUUGGUCUCCUUUUCUAUACCUUACAGAAGAACAUUACAGAAGCAGUAGAUCCCUCAUCUCCAGCUGAAAAGGCCAGAAAACUCAUUCUCUAUGCUUCUCAUGACGUUACCCUUAUUCCUGUCCUGGUGGCACUGGGCACCUUUGAUCACAAGUGGCCACCUUAUGCUGCAGAUGUGACCCUGGAACUGUAUGAGCACCGGCAGUCCAAAGAGUGGUUUGUUCGCAUGUCUUACCAUGGAGAGGGUUGCUCUGCAGAGAGAUGAACCUCCCAAAUUGCAUAGCAUUUAGCUACCCCAUCUUCUUGAGGGCAUUUCUGUGCACACAAAACCUCUCCAAAGGGACAGAGAGCCUCCAAACCUCUUCACUGCACUCCUGUAAUUACAGAAAUUCUGCUGUGAACAUGCAAAACAACCACAGUGGGCCAAGUACAAGAACAUGCACUCUUAGUGAACUCUGCUUAAUGUGCUUUAAAAAAGGAAGUCCGGGGAGCUGCUACGCUGGGCAGCGUUGCAUCUGUUUUGUACUUGCUGAAACAGGAAUACACCAGCAUAGCCAACAGAAGUACUUCUAGCUGAGAUGAUGACACUUUUUCCUGUAAGACAGUACUAAGGAUCACUAUUGUUGCCAAAAUCCCCAUUUUUCAAUCAGUAAAUAAAACUUGGAUCCGGACCUACUUUCUUUGGGAUAUGUAAAGGCUAAAGUAGGGGGACCACUUAUUAAAAUGGCCCUGCAGUUUUGGUUCUGCAUUACCCCUUAUCACUUAGCGAAAACAGACUGCAGUGAUGUUAAUGUAAGAAGUCAUUGACAGAUAUGUGACUGGAGGCACUACAGUACCUUCUCCCCGAGAAGCGUGGGCUGGAUUUACCUCUACUCUUUCAUUAGCCUGCCCCCACCACAAUUACAUGUUGACACCACGCACAGUGAACAGAAUAAUUUGAAUACUAAAUACAUUGCUGGAGGUCUCACUGAAUUGCUAUUAGAAGCUGUCAAAAAAGCAAACAAACCAUUGUUAUUUUCCAUCAAGUUUUUAUACAGCCUAAAACCAUAGUGCCAUUAUAUAAAAAUCAAUGGCCUACCCUUGCUUAAGAACAGCGUGUUCUGCUCUAAUCAAGCUCUCAUGCACAGUGUAAAGUAUUUGGAGAACAGCAAUGGAAACAUUAGGCAUACGAUUGCAAGUUAUUUGUGAGGCAUGGACUGCUUGGGAAAGGGGUAUCAGGGAACAGUAUCGGAAUCUUUGGCCAUACCAGUAGACAAAGGGGGAAUUCACAUACCUUCUCCUAAACAAGAGCUAGGAGCAUCUCCCAGCAAAACUGACCAGCAACCAGGUUAAAAAUUGCAACACAGUCAAGACCCACAGAACUUGGCAGCAUGAGCUGUCCUAGUGCACCUAAGAUUGUUAAAGGGCACUGCAUUCACACCAUUAAAAUAAUCAUAUCACUCUAAGCAGGGUAACAUACAUUCAGUAACAGCAGAAGACCUCAGAAAAACAGGCCAGCUUCUUAGCAGUGGCUAGGAAGAAGCCUCCCCUGGGAAC